UGGUUGUGGUAUUUCAUUAAUAGGUAAGUUUUUGACUUCUGUUUACAAAUUACAUGGGUAGGAUGACAAAACAUUUUCGAUUUUGCUACGGAAAGUAUAUGUCAUCAUCAUCAUGAGCAUAUUUAUGUCCGCCUUUUCAAUCGAUAGAAUAAUAAGAUUGGGCCAAGAUCCACCAUGCGGGCCCAGAUGCCAUCGCGCCAAUAAACUAAUUGUACUACAAAAACGUCCGUACUAAUUAUGCUCUCAGAGCAUCGAGUCAUCGACUGAGCUCCCUGACUGCCUAAAAGCUAUUUCACUACCCGAUCGUCAGGGCGUAAGGAAGCAAUACGAGAUUUACACUACCAAAUUUUAAGGGACUCUUACCCUGACUAGGGUGGUGUAAUGAGAAGAUAGACCAUUACCCUAUUCUAUCUAGUCUGUGAUUUCUUUCCGGUUUCAACAUGCCGCCCAAAAAGGACACAAAGGCUUCGGCCAAGCAACCGCAAAAGACACAGAAGAAAAAGGAGGGAUCUAGCGGUGGUAAAGCCAAGAAGAAGAAGUGGUCCAAAGGAAAAGUGCGUGACAAGUUGAACAACCAAGUGUUGUUUGACAAGGCAACCUAUGAAAAGCUGUACAAAGAAGUACCACAAUACAAGCUGAUUACCCCUGCGGUUGUCUCUGAAAGAUUGAAGGUCCGAGGUUCACUUGCCAGGCGGGCACUCAUUGAACUCAGAGAAAAGGGUCUCAUCAAGCAGGUAGUCCAACAUCACGGUCAGGUCAUCUACACGAGAGCGACCAAAGGUGACGAUCCUGUUGCAUAGGUUAUGGAUAAGUUUUAAAAAAUAAAAAAAAUCUAAA